GCUGCCACGCCGCACCACCCAACCAGCCUCCGCUCAUCGAACCCGCCCACCCUAACCACAACACUACAACAGCUUGGAGGGAAGCAUUUGUAACGACUCCCUGCCGCAUCUUCGCCCAACUGGUUGUCCUCCCUGCCGCCUUUCAAUCUGCCACCACCAUCUUGUCGCUGCCGCCUCCCUGAACUCCCAUCUAGAGCUGCCGGGAACUCCCUAAUCCUAACUCUGGCGAGGCGCGGGCGCAUGGGAGGGGGAGAGGAGAACAAGGUCGCGUUGUCGCCAAAGAAAGUGGGGGUCGCAUGUUUAACUUCGCCAUAUUUAAGAAUGGUUCAAAUAGCAAGCGGAUGAUAAAUAUCAGGCCACGUAUCGAUGUGCAUGUGAAUGGUUCCUUAUUUGAAAACCUAGAAAUCCUCUUGUCGUCCUGUGAAUGUCUUCGAACAUCCCAAGGGUAACAGGUGUGCGGCCGAGGCUUGCCCUGCAGAGAGGAUCAACGUCAGCCCAUGGUUGUCUCGAUUCCUAAAUCCCAAGUGCCAACUGCCAACCCCACUACGGAGCGAGCGACCAAGCUGAGCUCCAGCCGCUGUCCCCGAUUGCCGACUUGCCGAGCCCAGCCAGGCAGCCUCUAGAGCCGUGCCUACCCGCCGCCGGCCGUCUGCCGUCGGCAGCCUCUGCAUCCAGUCCCGCGGCGGCGCGGCGCCUCUCCCUCUGCUUGUUGCUGCUGGUUCGCUCCCUGAAACGAAAGAAAGGGUAUAGACUGAGUCGAAAUGGCGUCGCAGCUGCCACGAGUGUGCGUCACUGGAGGCGGCGGGUUCAUCGCCUCCUGGCUCGUGAAGCUGCUCCUCUCCCGUGGCUAUGCCGUCCAUGCCACUCUCCGUGACCCAUGCAUGUGAUCCAAAGAAUGCCCAUCUGAAGAAGCUGGAUAGAGCCCCAGAGAAUCUGCAUCUGUUCAAGGCUGAUGUGCUGGACUGCGAGACUCUGACGCCCGCAGUUCAAGGAUGUCAGGGAGUCUUCCAUCUUGCCACUCCGGUGCCUGAAGAUAAGAUUCUUCAUCCUGACCUCGAAGUACUGGACCCUGCUGUGAAAGGUACCUGAAAUGUUUUAAAGGUUUGCUCAACUCUGAAGGUUCACAAAGUUGUUGUGAUGUCCUCCAAUGCUGCUGUUACUUCCAACCCGAAUUGGCCUCAAGAUAGACUCAAAGAUGAGAGUUGCUGGUCAGACACAGAGUUCUGCAAGGAGAAGGAGGACUGGUAUUCUGUUGCCAAGACUCUGGCUGAACAAGAAGCCUCGGAAUAUGCACGUAACAAUGGACUAAAUGUUGUUGCACUGUGCCCUCCUUAUGUUUUUGGUCCACUGUUGCAGUCUUCAGUGAACACAAGCAGCAAACUCCUCAUCUAUGUUAUAAAAGGUUGUAUAUCGUAAGUGCCUGCAAUUUACAUCCCUUUGUCCUUUGCUAACCGGAUUGCGACUUAACUGACGAAUUAUCUGUUUCUUACUAGUCAAGUUGUCUGUGCUGAUUUGAUGCUGAACCGCUAGUUAAGUUGUGUUUUGAUUCAAUUUACAUCUCUAUAUGUAGCCUAUAUUGUUAAUUGCAUUCAUUUGGUCCAGCCCAAGGCCUUUAGAUGAGAUCAUAUUCGUAGUGCUAGCUAGUUUUGCUAGACGCAAAUGGUUGAGUUCAGUUGCUGAAACUAUACAGCCUACAGAGCCUGUUGAUCAGUUGUUCUAUUUCCUGCCCAAUGUUACGUGUCACGUCUUAAGAAGAACUUCAUGUUCUCUUUGAAACAGUUCCUUUGACUUUUAUGAUGCUCUAGAGAUGUUAAAUGAGAAAGAUUCUCUUCACAUUUCUCUUUACAUUUGGGCCAUUUACUGUUGAAAUAUCGUCCAUAUUUUUUUUUUGCACAACCACUGUUAGUUGAUUUAUUGUGAGAAAAAAAAUAAUAUUAAAUGAUUGACAGGUUCAGCUAAUAAGCUCAAACGAAUAAGGUACAUGUUUAUGUUAGUGUUGGGUACAAUGCAAGAUUGAACUACAACUCCAUCCGUUGGACUACGUUACAGGAGGUCCUGAUGUGAUGACCAACAGAAUGUGGGACGUAGUAGACGUCCGUGAUGUGGCCGAUGCUCUGCUCCUGUUGUACGAGAAUGAUCGGUCAUCAGGGAGAUACAUUUGCUCGCCGAAUCGCGUUUGCACGAGGGAUUUGGUGGACCUGUUGAAGAAGAUGUACCCAGAGUACGGUUACGUAAAUAACGUCGUCGAUGCUGACCAUGCAGGACCACCUUUAUCUAGUCAGAAGCUGAAGGAUCUGGGUUGGGAACCAAGGAAGCUGGAAUCGACGCUCUCAGACAGCGUCCAGUCAUAUGAAAAGGCAGGGCUUCUCCAGGGGAAUCCUUGUCGCCUCCCCUUUCUCAUUCGUGCGUGGCUGUAGAACAUAUUGAACCACAUGUUUGCUCCCGUUUACGAAGUUCGCCCACAGAAUGUUAACUUUGUCCUUUAUGUUGGCUACUAUGUUGCUACUAAAGAAAACCAGAGAAGCAGCUCCGAACUUCCGAAGUAGCAAACGAACGAUGGUGACUCAAGCCGCUGUCCCUUGUGGUGCAGGUGUACGUCGCUUGAAGCUGUCUUGUGUUAGAUUGUUUUUUUGUAACCGAUAGAGGAGUAGGUUAUGUGUUGUAAUGAUUAAAGUGUUAGAUUGUUUUUUUGUAAUCGAUAGAGGAGUAGGUUAUGUGUUGUGAUGAUUAAAGUGUUAGAUUGUUUUUUGUAAUCGAUAGAGGAGUAGGUUAUGUGUUGUAAUGAUUAAAGCAGAUCAUUACGGCCAGUGGUCUCAUAUAUGUUUAUUAUUUCUGCAUGUGCAGUUUGACCAGAGCAACGGAAGCUCUCACCUUCGCCGAACCAAAUUCCAACUUUCCCUUCCAGAUUUUGGUCAUAUGUACACCCUCCCAAGAAACCGAUCCGGAGCGUUGAUGCUUCGGCGAAGUUGCGCGUGCGGCGUGCCCAUCCCGGCUGCUUUCGCCACCCUCAUCUAGCUAGCACACACAUCGUCUUGCUAUAAAAAGAGGCAUCAGAGAAAGCUCCUGCAGCUCCAUCCGAACCUGUCACCUGUGUGUGUGAGUCCUCUGAACGUCUUCAGUUCUUCGUUCUACUCCACCAAAUUGCCAUUUACCAAGCACAAAUUAACCACGUCGCAACCGAUGGAGGAGGCCGUGGAGGACAUCGUCAUUGCCGGCGCGGGCCUCGCCGGCCUCGCGACGGCGCUCGGGUUACACAGGAAAGGGGUGCGGUGCCUGGUGCUGGAGUCGUCGCCGACGCUGCGCGCGUCAGGGUUCGCGUUCAACACGUGGACCAACGCCUUCCGCGCCCUCGAUGCCCUCGGCGUUGGGGACAAGAUCCGGGAGCACCAUUUGCUCUACGAGAGCUACAGGUGAAGCUGCUGCAGAAGUAAGCUUAAAGAUUCAGGGCAAAAGCGGGCCACACGAAAUCCGGUGCGUGAAGCGGGACUUCCUGCUGCAGACGCUCGCCAACGAGCUGCCCGAGGGCACCAUCAGGUACUCGUCCAAGCUUGCCGCCAUGGAGGAAGACGACGGCAGCGUGAAGACCCUGCACUUGGCAGAUGGUUCCAUCAUAAAGGCCAAGGUCGUGAUAGGGUGCGACGGCGUGAACUCGGUGGUGGCCAAGUGGCUGGGCCUCCCGAAGCCGAUCCUCUCGGGCCGCUCCGCCACCAGGGGCCUCGCCGAGUACCCGGCGGGCCACGGCUUCGGCCCGGAGAUCCUGCAGUUCAUCGGCCAUGGCUUCCGCUCCGGCGUGCUCCCCUGCUCCGACACCUCCGUCUACUGGAACUACACCUGGUACCCUUCCCCGGCGGACGGGGACGCCGAGGAGAGCGUGGCCAAGAUGCGGAGCCACGUGGUCGGCAAGCUGCGGGGCGCCAAGAUCCCGGCGGAGGCGCUGGAGGUGAUCGAGCGGAGCGAGAUGAGCGACGUGGCGUCGUCGCCGCUGCGGUUCCGGUCCCCGCUGGCGCUGGUCCGCGGAAGCAUCAGCCGGGGCGGCGUGUGCGUGGCGGGCGACGCGCUGCACCCGAUGACGCCGGAGCUCGGGCAGGGCGGGUGCGCCGCGCUCGAGGACGGCGUCGUCCUGGCCCGGUGCCUUGGCGAGGCCUUCAGCCACGGCCACGGCCACGACGAGCAGGAUGAGGGGCGGCGGUUCACGGCGGCGCUGGAGAAGUACGCGGAGGCGAGGCGGUGGCGCAGCAUCCAGCUGAUCACGGCCGCCUACGUCGUCGGCUUCAUCCAGCAGAGCAACAACGCCGUGAUCAGGUUCCUCAGGGACAAGUUCCUGUCUAGACUGCUGUCCAAGACGCUAGUCGCCAUGGCGGACUACGACUGUGGCACGCUAUGAUUCUGCCCCAUUGGAGGGAUGGGCUGCAAUAAAUAAAUUAAAGUAAAAACGGUGAAGAAUUACAUGGCCGUCUUGUAUAUCACAUGGAACACAGAGACUUUUGAUCGAACUACGGUGAUGUACGGUGUGCUGCUACGUAGUACUAGUACGUACACACUCGUUUUAGAGGAAAUAAUAAAUAGUGAUAAAUCGGCAGUGUCAA